AUGGCCUCCUCCAGCGCUGUGGAAGAUGAACACCUUACGGACUCAGACCUAACUGAUGAUGAAGAGCGCAGCGCGGAACCGCGCCAGGAAGAACUCCGCCCCGAGACCCCGAAACCGUCCUAUACCGACGAGGAACUGCAUCACUUGGUUGGCUACAUACAGCGCAUGAGCGUGUUGAGCUGCCUGGACCACAGGGACUGGCAUGAAGGCACUCUGGACAUCAUCCGACGCUGGCUCCUGGAGGUACACGAGCCCCUGCUGACCAUAUACUACGAUAGGGAUGCCCUGUCCGCCUGCCUGGGCAUGCCCACCACUUGUGUCUCGGAUCUGAGCUACUUCCGCCGGGAACCGAACGAGAUCUUUAGUGUGGAGGGCUUCCACGAUGAGGUCAACUUUGGCACCUUGACCAGCGAUGUGGACGGCUGUUUGAUGGAGCUACUGGCUCGCUUGUACGCCCCCUUCUUCAGGAACUAUCUCGAGUGGAAUGCCACUGUGAGACAUCGCUUUUGCUCCAGCAUGGACAGGUUCCUGGCCUUCCUAACCGGGAUGCACCAUCAGAUCUCGGGGGUGGCCGUGCUCUAUGUGCCCUAUGUCAUCAAGGAACUAACAGCUGGAUCCGUCGACAGGCAGUUGGUCAGGAGUCUGGAGGGCAUUGCUCUCUACUGGACCACACAGAUUCGUACCUUGCUGGGAGACGACACUUUGACAGUUCCUCAUGAUCUGGCCACCGUGCGGGAUGAGUUUGAGUUUUGGGAAUAUCGCUAUGAAGUUCUUCAGGGAAUCAACGAUCGAUUGGCUCAAUCGGAUGUUCAGAAGGUGCUACUGUUGCUACACAACGCCCAUUCCGUGCACACUCCCCAGAUGGAUGGUCUCGUAGAAAGGGCUAAAGAGGAGCUCCGCAGGUCCCUGUCCAACAUCAAGUUCCUUCGCCUGCUGAUCGAGCCCUGCUCUAAAAUCGAUGUGGCCACUGACCCGGCGGAUUUGACGAAGCUUCUGCCACGCAUUAUCCACCUCAUACGUUUUAUUUGGCUGAACUCGGACUGCUACAAUACGACCAGGCUUAUUGGCGGGCUAUUCCGGAACUUGAGCAAUCAGAUCAUAAGAUUCUGCACCGGGCAAACAAAGGUCGAGGAGAUCCUCUCGGGCAAGCCGCGUUUCGGUAUUAAGAUAUGCAACGUCGCCAUAGACUGCUGUCUGGCCUACAAGGGAAUCUAUGAUAGAAUAUCGAAGGAAUUGGCCCAGAAACAGAGCCAACUGCCUUGGGAGCUGGAUGAGGGACUAAUCUUCAACCACAUCGACGCCUUUGUGGAGCGCCUGAACGAUGUGAUUGACAUUUGCGAGUCCAUGAUCGUGUUUGGCCGCAUGGAUGAGAGCGGGAGCAUUCCCAAACCAGCAUUCGGGGGCACCAGUGGUGAGGAGCUGGAGAAGAUUGCCGAAAAUGUGGAGCACCAGUUUUUGGGCUCCUUGAAACAACUGCAGGACAGCUCCCAGGCAUACAUUUUGAAUGUACAUCGCUCGGAUUGGUACAAGGAUGUGGCCCACUUCCGCAGCGGCAUGCAGAAACUGGAGGAGACGGUCCAGAGGCUGAUCUUCAAUGUGUUCCAUCAAGUGUCCAAUGUGGAGGAGACACUGGAGGCUCUGCAGGCCUUGCUGUUCUACUCCUACCGCCAGAGGGGAACUCUGAGGAAGACCUACCUAAAGGAAACGAGCCGGCUGUGGAGGAUGUUCUCCCGGGAAAUGGACUCCACAUCGAGAAAACUGCUCGAGGAGCGAAGGCAGGAGUCGUGGUUAUCCAAGCACAUGUCCAUAGCUCUCAGCUAUCGCAUUAAUCUGGAACGCUUGACCUGGCUGAGAGACCGUUUAAAGAAUGCCGAGUGGCUGCCUCCUGUCAAGGAGUCCGCUCCAGCUCUGGCUAAAUUCGAUUCACUGCGUCACGAGUUCCAAAAAGAAAUUCGGCAGGCCUACGAAGAUUGGGUGGCCAAGUGCUGUGGGUUUUCCGGCGAUCUCUCCCAGCUUUUGGAUCGCUAUCUUAUCGUGCGCAGUAAGAAGUACAAGGGACUCGUGGAGUGCAACAUUGAUCCUUCAGUACUGGAGCUCUGUGAGCAGGCGCAGCACUUUGAGAGACUCGGUUUUGCCAUCCCCAACACUCUCAAGAAGCUUUACGAAAGAUACGAUGUCAUAAGAUCUUUGUACAAUGGCAUAAUCCAGCUGGCGCUGAGUCAUAAUCGCAUUUUGGCCGUUCUGAGUGAGAGGGAACGGAAGUUAUUUCGACCUCUGAUACAGGCCUGUGACCGCCAACUGGCUCCGGGGGUUUUCAAGAUCACCUAUGGCUCUGAGUUCGAUGAGGAGUUCUUCGAAGAUGGCAAGGAGUUCGUCGGUGAGUUCCAGGAGUUGGUGCAUAUAUUCAAGCGGGCCAAUCGCGGCGUGGCCAGAACCUGUGAGAAGAUCUGCGAUACCUGUCUGCUGCAUUUCGCCUUUUCCGGCUCCGUGGAUAUAUCGGUGUUCCAGCAGCAGUUGUCCAGCAGACUUAGCUCCUCCGGUGACGUCUUGAGGAGCUACUACAGCAACAUCGUGGAGCUUUUAUCAGCCUUUAGUCGGCAGUUUCAGUCAGUGGACGAUGAGAUGACUGCGGAGUGGAUUGCCUAUGUGAACGAUAUGGAUGACAUGCUGGCCAGUUCCUUGAUGACCAGUGCCCGUGGAUCCCUAACCAAACUGUACGAGGCCCUCCACUGCGACGAGGACAUGGCGUCCGCUCCCAUAAUAGUCGUUGAGUCGGAUGUGAAAGAUGGCCGCAUUGUCUUCACGCCCGACAUGGAGGCGAUUGGCCAUAUGAUAAAUGGGAUUGUGGACAGCGUUCGCAGCAUGCUGGAUCAGUUUCCGCGACUGGGAUACAAACUAAAGCUGCCGAAGGAGCAGCUGAGACAGGGAUUCGCUUGCGUUUUUCGGGAGGAUCAGGAGUGCUCGGAGCUCAUGAGAAGCAUACAGGCAGAGAUUGCAGUUCAGCAGGAGGCGUUGGACAAGUAUGAAUCGCUUUGGAACCAAAAGCGAGUCCUGUGGGAGACCACCGAGGAGGGGUUCCGCCAGCGACUGAUGUCCAGUUCGCGGACAGCCGGGGUCUUCGAGGGAGGCAUCGAGCACUACAGCGCUCUGGCGGACGAUGUCAUCUUCGAGGAUGCCAUUACGAACGUGUACUUCGUGCUGAUCAAUCAGAAUGCUCUGAAGAGCACGAUCCUGGACUGGAUCGAAAAGUGGCAAGCUCUCAACAUCAAAAUGUUGCUGGACCAUGCCAGCAAUCUGAUGAGAGCCACCUACCGAUAUAUGCGUCGCAAUGAGAGGACUGUGAUGAAGGUCCCCCGGACCAUCCGUGAAACCGUGGCUGCCAAACAGCUUUUUGAACAACUGCUCAAAGAAGUUCCCGUGAAGCAGUCCGCCUUUACACCGAUGCUGGAACUCUUUGUCCUCCUGCACAAGUACCAGGUCCAAUUAACCGAGAAGACACAUCAGCAGGUGAUGGGGCUGGAGUCGGCUUGGCUGCACUAUCUCCAGGUGCUGGAAGAGGCGGAUGAAAUGUUGGAUAAUGAGGCGACUGACACUAAAUUGGAGUUGGCCAAGCAUGGGGAAAAAUUCAAGUUGAUUUUAAAGGAGUUUCUCGAAGAUUUCUACUCCAAAUUGCCCAAGAAAUAA